AUGGAGGAGCAAGAGAACAUCGAGGGAGAAAUGUUACUCGUUCGGGCAGAACUUGAUGAUAUCCAAGGCCAAAUCAAAGCAUUACUUGAUCGCCAAGAGGAGUUGUCCGAGCGCGAGUCACAGUUGAAAGCUCUGCGGGAAGUAUCUAAAGCCUCCAGAGAUGCAAUAAAUAAUGCCCCUUCAGUUGCUCCGAAAGAUUGGUCUGGGAGCUUCUUGUGGGAUUCUCGGGCUGAUGAUAUUCGAUUCAAUGUAUUUGGUAUCUCUUCCUACCGGCCGAAUCAAAGAGAAAUAAUCAAUGCCAUCAUGAGUGGAAGAGAUGUUCUGGUCAUAAUGGCUGCCGGUGGAGGGAAGAGCUUGUGCUAUCAACUGCCAGCUGUACUUCAUGAUGGAAUUACAUUGGUCGUCAGUCCUUUGCUUUCCCUUAUUCAAGACCAGGUCAUGGGACUAGCAGCUUUAGGUAUACUAGCAUACAUGUUAGCUUCAAUUACCACCAAGGAAGUCGAGAAGUUCGUCUACAAGGCACUUGAUAAGGGUGAAGGGGAACUGAAGAUAUUGUACGUGACACCUGAAAAGAUAUCUAGAAGUAAAAGGUUCAUGUUUAAGCUUGAGAAGUGCCAUAAUGCAGGGCGUCUUUCUCUCAUUGCAAUUGAUGAGGCACACUGCUGUAGUCAAUGGGGCCAUGAUUUUCGUCCAGAUUACAAGAAUCUUGGCAUUUUGAAUGUCCAGUUUCCCAGUGUUCCUAUGAUAGCUUUAACUGCAACUGCGACAAGUAAAGUGCAAAUUGAUUUGAUAGAGAUGCUUCAUAUCCCUAGAUGUGUCAAGUUUGUCAGCACAAUUAACAGGCCCAACCUUCUCUAUAAAGUAUGUGAGAAAUCACCAGUUGGAAAGGUCGUCAUUGAUGAGAUUGCGAAUUUUAUAAGUGAAUCGUACCCGAAUAAUGAAUCUGGGAUUGUGUACUGCUUUUCUAGGAAGGAAUGUGAACAGGUCGCAAAAGAAUUGUGCGAAAGGGGCAUUUUGGCAGACUAUUAUCAUGCAGAUAUGGAUGUUAUUGCUCGUGAGAAUGUUCAUAUGCGUUGGAGCAAGAGCAAAUUGCAGGUCAUUGUUGGAACAGUGGCGUUCGGAAUGGGAAUCAACAAAUCAGAUGUCAGAUUUGUGAUUCACCAUAGCCUUAGCAAAUCUAUGGAGACAUACUACCAGGAAAGUGGGAGGGCAGGAAGAGAUGGGCUACCUUCAGAAUGUGUUUUGUAUUAUCGGCCUAGUGAUGUUCCACGCCAAAGUUCAAUGGUUUUCUAUGAAAAUUGUGGCCUACAUAAUCUUUAUGACAGAGUGCGGUAUUGUCAGUCUAAGAGGAGCUGCCGCCGUGCUUUCUUCCGGCAUUUUGGAGAGGUUGCACAGGAUUGCAAUGGAAUGUGUGACAACUGCGCUUCUAGUAUUGAGCUCAAGGACAUAGAUGCUACCCAUCAUAGCAAAAUUAUAGUCUCACUUCUACAUGACAUCCAACUUAAUGACCAAAGAGCUACAUUGUUGCAGUUGGUGGAUAAGUUCAAGGCAAGAUGGAAAGAAUUAGGUGGCUCACAUGAAUAUGUUGAUCUUAAGAAAGCAGGCAUUGAACAGUUGGUAGUUCAACUUAUACUUGACAGGGUCUUG